GUUUAGGUUAGGCUGGUCGGAUGGCACAAUGGUUAGACAGUGUAAUGGUCGGACGAUCGAAUUCUGAAAUUGUUGGAAGGCGGGAUGGUCGGAUUGUAUAAUUGUUACAAAGCGGGAUGGUCGGGUGGUCGGGUGCCGGGAUGGUCAGCUGCCCGACUGGUCGGAUGGUCGGGUGGUGGGAUGGGAGGAUGGGAGGAUGGUAGGAUGGGAGGAUGGCAGAAUGGCGGAAUGGCAAGAUGGGAGGAUGGUCGGGCGGCAGGAUGGCAGCAUGGCAGGGUUGCAGGAUGGCAGGAUGGCAGGACGGUCGGGUCAAGCGGUGAAGCUCGACCAUCGUAUGGUGGGGUGUCGCGUUGUAGCCCGACCAUCGGAUGGUGGGGUGCCGCGUUGAAGCCCCACCAUCGGAUGGUAGGGUGCCUCAUUGAAGCCCGACCAUCCGAUGGCGCAGUGCAACGACAUGGUGAUGGCGAGAUGGUCGAAUGGGUGUACUAUCCGACCUCUGAAGGUACAGGGUUCAGGUUCAGGGUUCAGGUUUGUCUGGUCGGAUGGCACGAUGGUUGGACAGUCAAAUGGUCGGAUGGUCGGAUUGUGAAAUUGCUAGAAGGCGGGAUGGUCGGGUGGUCGGGUGGCAGGAUGGUCAGCUGCCCGGCUGGUAGGAUAGUAGGGUGGUGGGAUGGGAGGAUGGGAGGAUGGGAGGAUGGCAGAAUGGCGGAAUGGAAAGAUGGGAAGAUGGUCGGGCAGCAGGAUGGCAGGAUGGCAGGGUUGCAGGAUGGCAGGAUGGCAGGGUUGCAGGAUGGCAGGAUGGCAGGAUGGUCGGGUCGAGCGGUGAAGCUCAAUGAUCGUGUGAGUGCCUUGGUCGAGGAGUGGAAAGACGAGCGACCAGAAUUCGAGAAACAAGAAGAUUGGAAACGUCAGUUGAAAACAAGUUGUCUGAACUACUGGGAGAAACAGUUAGACAUGCUUAAUAAGCUGGAACAGGAAAAAACCUCACAACUCGUUCUGUUGUCAACUUCGUUCUGGCCAACGCCGAUGACGGAAAGCGUAGAAGAGGUGAAGGUGGAACUUCCUAUUGUUGAUUCGUCGCCGAGGAAGCAAUGUUUCGUAGGUUAUAAGAGUGAUGCCCCGAAACCGGAGUUCGACCUGGCAAAGCAUGCUGAUAUCAGUUCUUUCGUGGUGAUGCACGCUCCAGACGAGAAUGCGGACAAAGAAGUUAGUUUUUGGGUAGGACGUGUGCAAGAGAAAUCUGAGAACUCAGAGCAAAUUCUCAUAGAGUAUUCGAGACCACAGGGCAAAGAGACCGAUAUGUGUAAGUUGUACGAAGACGCGUGGAACAAAACAUGGCGAAUUGAGAAUGAAUCUUCGCCUGGAUGACAAAACGUAAUAUGUGUGGCGUGGGGAUGGAAAAGCGAAAAGAAAAGCAAAACCGGAUUAAAAAUCAGGAAGAGCGACGCAUUGAAGGCAAUCACAUCGUUGGCAACAGUAGAUCACGCACGCUGAAUGCACAAAAUGACUAUUGCAUCAUCUUACGUAUAUGACAUUUGUUUAUUCGGAACAGCGAAAUCGUUGCAACCCCGAUGGAGAUGGACAUCGAACAAGCAUGGCGUCGCCGAGCGGAUAAGUGAGGGAAGGUGAUUCAGUAUGAUGACCUUAUGCCUUACCGGGCAAGGCAAAGGAUGACCGCUAUCGGCCUGCAAUCAAUGGACGAAUCUAUGUUUUAUCCGAUAAUGAAAUUCUGGACACUGA